CUCCGGAGGAGGAGGCGGAGGCGGAGGCGACUAGGGAGGCGGAGAUGGGUGAGGGCAGCCUCCGGAGCCUCCCACCGACCCGGGAUUAAUACCCCGCGGCGCGGCCGCCGUCGCCGCUGCCGCGUCGGGGCCUCGGGGGCAGCUCGGGGCUGCGCUCAUGUCACAGGCGCCUUUGCGUGCGGCCCGAGGGGCUGGGAGACUGCGGGCGAGGCCGGGAGGGCUGGGACCAAGAAUCGCCUUCAGCCCUGUCUGGUGCAUCCUUGGCAGAAAGUGAGGAGGAAAACACCCCCAUUGUUCUUUGGCAUGGACACAAGUUCAGUGGGAGGAUUAGAAUUGACUGAUCAGACUCCUGUUUUAUUAGGGAGUACGGCCAUGGCAACUAGUCUCACGAAUGUAGGAAACUCAUUUAGUGGUCCAGCUAAUCCUUUAGUGUCUAGAUCUAAUAAGUUUCAGAACUCGUCAGUGGAAGAUGAUGAUGAUGUUGUUUUUAUCGAACCUGUACAACCUCCCCCACCUUCUGUACCAGUGGUAGCUGAUCAAAGAACCAUAACAUUUACAUCAUCAAAAAAUGAAGAACUACAAGGAAAUGAUUCCAAAAUUACUCCUUCCUCAAAAGAGUUGGCAUCUCAGAAGGGAAGUGUAAGUGAGACAAUUGUCAUUGAUGAUGAAGAGGACAUGGAAACAAAUCAAGGGCAAGAGAAAAAUUCCUCCAAUUUUAUUGAACGAAGACCUCCUGAGACUAAAAACAGAACCAAUGAUGUGGAUUUCUCCACUUCCAGUUUUUCAAGAAGUAAGGUAAAUGCAGGAAUGGGUAAUAGUGGUAUCACCACAGAACCAGACUCUGAAAUUCAGAUUGCUAAUGUUACAACUUUAGAAACAGGUGUAAGCUCUGUGAAUGAUGGCCAAUUAGAAAAUACUGACGGGCGAGAUAUGAACUUAAUGAUUACACAUGUAACAUCACUGCAGAAUACCAACUUGGGAGAUGUCUCUAACGGACUGCAGUCAAGUAAUUUUGGUGUUAAUAUACAAACAUACACCCCAUCUUUAACUUCACAGACCAAGACUGGAGUAGGACCUUUUAAUCCUGGUAGAAUGAAUGUGGCAGGAGACGUUUUUCAGAAUGGAGAAUCUGCAACUCAUCAUAAUCCUGAUUCUUGGAUCUCCCAGUCAGCUUCAUUUCCCCGUAAUCAGAAACAACCAGGGGUGGACUCUUUAUCACCAGUGGCCUCACUUCCUAAACAGAUUUUCCAGCCUUCUGCCCAACAGCAGCCUACUAAACCAGUUAAAGUCACUUGUGCAAACUGCAAAAAACCUUUACAGAAGGGCCAGACAGCUUAUCAACGAAAAGGAUCAGCUCACCUCUUUUGUUCUACCACCUGCCUUUCUUCCUUCUCCCACAAGCCUGCUCCAAAGAAACUCUGUGUUAUGUGUAAAAAAGAUAUAACUACAAUGAAAGGAACCAUUGUUGCUCAAGUGGAUUCAAGUGAGUCCUUCCAGGAAUUCUGUAGUACAUCUUGUUUAUCUCUCUAUGAAGACAAACAGAAUCCUACUAAAGGAGCUCUAAAUAAAUCAAGAUGUACAAUCUGUGGUAAACUAACUGAGAUUCGCCAUGAAGUCAGCUUUAAAAAUAUGACUCAUAAGCUGUGCAGUGACCACUGCUUUAAUAGAUAUAGAAUGGCCAAUGGUUUAAUAAUGAAUUGCUGUGAACAGUGUGGAGAGUACUUGCCCAGUAAAGGUGCUGGAAAUAAUGUUCUGGUGAUUGAUGGUCAACAGAAAAGAUUUUGCUGUCAAAGUUGUGUCAGUGAAUACAAACAGGUAGGUAGCCAUCCAAGCUUCCUGAAGGAGGUUCGAGAUCACAUGCAGGACUCUUUCUUAAUGCAGCCUGAGAAAUAUGGAAAACUGACAACUUGUACUGGUUGCCGAACACAGUGCAGGUUUUUUGAUAUGACUCAGUGUAUAGGUCCUAAUGGAUAUAUGGAGCCAUAUUGUUCAACUGCUUGUAUGAACAGUCACAAGACAAAAUAUGCAAAAUCACAAAGUUUGGGAAUUAUUUGCCAUUUUUGUAAGCGAAACUCUUUACCUCAAUACCAAGCCACAAUGCCUGAUGGAAAACUGUAUAACUUUUGCAAUUCCAGUUGUGUGGCUAAAUUUCAGGCUCUAAGUAUGCAGUCAUCUCCAAAUGGCCAGUUUGUAGCGCCAAGUGAUAUUCAGUUGAAAUGCAACUACUGCAAAAAUUCCUUUUGUUCAAAACCAGAAAUCCUGGAAUGGGAGAACAAAGUGCAUCAGUUCUGCAGCAAAACUUGUUCAGAUGACUAUAAGAAGUUGCAUUGCAUAGUUACAUAUUGCGAAUACUGUCAAGAGGAGAAGACUCUUCAUGAAACAGUAAAUUUCUCUGGCGUUAAGAGACCUUUCUGUAGUGAAGGCUGCAAAUUAUUAUACAAACAGGAUUUUGCCAGACGUUUAGGAUUGAGAUGUGUUACUUGCAACUAUUGUUCUCAGCUAUGUAAGAAGGGAGCAACUAAAGAACUCGAUGGUGUUGUGAGAGAUUUCUGCAGUGAAGACUGCUGUAAAAAAUUUCAGGAUUGGUACUACAAGGCUGCAAGGUGUGACUGUUGUAAAUCUCAAGGAACUCUUAAAGAGCGAGUUCAGUGGCGUGGGGAAAUGAAACAUUUCUGUGAUCAACAUUGCUUACUGCGUUUCUACUGUCAACAAAAUGAGCCCAACAUGACAACUCAGAAGGGACCUGAAAACUUACAUUAUGAUCAGGGUUGUCAGACGUCUCGAACCAAAAUGACAGGUUCAGCACCACCCCCUUCUCCAACACCUAACAAAGAGAUGAAGAACAAAGCAGUUCUUUGCAAACCUUUAACAAUGACAAAAGCUACUUACUGUAAACCUCACAUGCAGACCAAAUCUUGUCAGACAGAUGAUACUUGGAAGACAGAAUAUGUUCCAGUGCCUAUCCCUGUACCUGUGUAUAUCCCAGUUCCUAUGCACAUGUACAGUCAGAAUAUUCCUGUUCCUACUACAGUUCCUGUUCCUGUGCCAGUUCCUGUUUUUCUGCCUGCUCCAUUGGACAGCAGUGAGAAGAUUCCUGCAGCAAUUGAGGAGCUAAAAAGCAAGGUUUCUUCAGAUGCUCUUGAUACAGAGUUGCUUACAAUGACGGAUAUGAUGAGUGAAGACGAGGGGAAAACAGAGACUACCAACAUCAACAGUGUAAUUAUUGAAACAGAUAUAAUUGGUUCAGACCUUUUGAAGAACUCUGACCCAGAGACACAGUCCAGCAUGCCUGAUGUACCAUAUGAACCAGAUUUGGAUAUCGAAAUAGAUUUUCCCAGAGCUGCUGAGGAGCUUGAUAUGGAAAAUGAAUUUUUAUUACCACCUGUUUUUGGUGAAGAAUAUGAGGAACAGCCCAGACCUCGAUCUAAAAAAAAGGGAGCCAAGAGAAAGGCUGUGUCAGGAUACCAGUCUCAUGAUGAUAGUUCUGACAAUUCAGAAUGCAGCUUUCCUUUCAAAUAUACGUAUGGCGUAAACGCAUGGAAACACUGGGUCAAAACUAGGCAACUUGAUGAAGAUCUUCUGGUAUUAGACGAGUUAAAAUCUUCUAAAUCAGUAAAGUUAAAAGAGGAUCUACUCUCUCACACCACAGCUGAGCUUAACUAUGGGUUAGCUCAUUUUGUCAAUGAGAUCCGACGGCCAAAUGGAGAGAAUUAUGCACCUGACAGCAUCUAUUACCUUUGCCUUGGAAUACAGGAGUAUUUGUGUGGAAGUAAUCGAAAAGACAACAUAUUUAUUGAUCCUGGAUACCAAACAUUUGAGCAAGAAUUGAAUAAAAUACUGCGAAGCUGGCAACCAAGCAUACUUCCAGAUGGGUCAAUAUUCUCUCGAGUUGAAGAAGACUAUCUCUGGAGGAUAAAACAACUAGGAUCACACUCUCCAGUAGCUCUUCUGAAUACACUGUUCUACUUUAACACUAAGUAUUUUGGCCUGAAAACAGUGGAACAACACUUAAGACUUUCCUUUGGCACUGUGUUUAGGCAUUGGAAAAAAAAUCCUUUAACGAUGGAAAACAAAGCGUGUCUUCGAUACCAAGUGUCUUCCUUAUGUGGAACAGAUAAUGAAGAUAAAAUUACUACUGGAAAAAGAAAACAUGAAGAUGAUGAGCCAGUAUUUGAACAAAUUGAAAACACAGCCAAUCCUUCCAGAUGUCCUGUGAAAAUGUUUGAAUGCUACUUGUCUAAAAGUCCACAGAAUCUUAAUCAGAGGAUGGAUGUUUUUUAUUUGCAACCAGAAUGUUCUAGUUCUACAGAUAGCCCUGUCUGGUAUACGUCUACUUCACUGGACCGAAACACCUUGGAAAAUAUGCUUGUACGGGUUCUUCUAGUAAAAGAUAUUUAUGAUAAAGACAAUUAUGAACUGGAUGAAGACACAGACUAAAAAGGAACGUUGCAGAAGCAAUCGGGAUAAAACAGCAUUAGAUAGUCAUGCUGCUAGAUCUUUAUUAUGGAAAACAUUUCAAGUUUACUCCUUCUGUUUUGAGUUUUGUAGCAGUGUACCCACGCUGGGUAUUACCAUGUAAAUAAUCUGUGAGUGAAAGUUGCCAUUAUUCUAUGUAGUGGUUUUAGGAUACUUAACAAAUACAUUCAGAUUCUUUUUUUAUUAUUAUUUAUUUGAUUAGGUAUGUUUGUAACUUUUUACAUUACAGAAUAUGAAUGAGAAUGUGCCAUGUAUAAUUUUUUUCUUGUAGUAAGAAACAUCCAUAUUGCACAACUCUACUGUUGCAAAGCUUCCUUGGAAGGGGGCUCUUUUACUGGGUUCUUAACCAGAUGGUUGUGUAUGGGUAGCACUACUAAAAGUUUAGAACUUGCAGUGUCUUUCGGAAUUUUUAAAAUAAACUGUAAACUAAUAGGCUGGGGUUUUUGUUUUGUUUCGGGGUUUUGUUUUGUUUUGUUUUGUUUUGUUUUGUUUUGUUUUACAUUUUAGUUACUGAAGCCUUACAAGGUUAUGUAGAGAGAUACCAUCUUCUGUACCAAAAAUAGACAAGAGAAUGCUGUCAAUAUUGGUGUACUGUAAUGUGAAUCUAUACUGGUGAAAACAAUUUUUUGUUCCCCUUAUUAAAACCUUAGUGUCCUUUU